AUGAGUGAAGACAAUAGCGGAACGCCAUCGGGAUUCGAGUGGUGGAGGCGACUGCUAGCGUACCGUACCGGCCUUGGCAUGAGCGAAGAGGAGCGGACGCAGUUUGAGCUGGACUACAGGAAGAAGCAUUUUGCCAACAACUGUGCCCAAUGCGAGCAAAACAGAGACUGGAUGCUCCGAUACUCGCCGCUGGUGACGUUUAUGAUGGACCACGUACAAAAGCUCGGCGGGAAUUUGAGCGUGAAAAACAUCACCUGUGCUCCGUGUGACGACCUCAAAGGAGGCGGCUUCCAUCCGGACUUGGGCAUCUUGUUAUGUUCCAACUGGCUCCAGAGCAAGUGGCAGCUUGAAGAUGUGUUGACGCACGAGCUUGUGCAUGCCUACGACCAUCUCAAGUUCAAUGUUGAUCUUACGAACUUGCGGCACCACGCUUGUACAGAGAUUAGAGCGUCUAUGCUUAGUGGCGAGUGCCGGAUCAUGAACGAAAUCAGGAAAACAGGGCUUGCCAACUUCGGCGCCAAGUUCCAGGCGUGCGUGCGCCGACGGGCGGUGCUUUCUGUCCUGGCCAAUCCAAACUGCAAAAACAAAGAAGAGGCAGAGGCCGCAGUAGACAUAGUAUGGCGUUCAUGCUUCAACGACACUCGUCCGUUUGAGCGCGUGUAUCGCUGA